CAGCAAGGCCUGUAACCCUUCAGAGCCUCCAUCCUUUUUCACCAUCUGAUCAAACUGGGAUGUGUUCUCUUGGACGGCUCCUGAUCCUGGGCAGGAGCAGCCUGUACUCGGUGCUGCACAAACACAGCAGAAAAGAAACUCCCUUUGCACAAGAACGCCCUUCAGCGCCUGCCAGCAGCAAUCAACUGCUGGUGUGGUUAUUUUCCUCCUUUGCCUUUGAUAAGCUUGGAGCCUGCGAAAGCUGUGUUUCUUAUUCAUUGCCAGGAAGACUCAAGAGGAUUUCACAGAGGAGUCAAUAGCUGGAAAACUCCCCUGGGCAGCCCAUAGCUGGUAUGGAGCCACUCACCCAAAGGUGGCCUUGGGACUGACUUGACAUCAUCAUCAUCAUCAUCAUCAUCGUUACUAUUGCUGCUGCUAUUAAUUUAUUGGCAUUGUUUGCAAACCCGUUGAUUUCCACACUCCAUAAUUGUUGCUGUUCCUUACUUGUCCUUUUUUUUGGCUGAGCAGCUGUUACUUCUGCUCUAUGACAAGGUACUGUAACUGGAAAUGUUAAAACUGGAGAACAGCCAGUAAGAGUGUACAAUGAAUUUUGCUCCAUUUUCUCUGGUGAAAAAGAAACAUACUACCCUGCCUUCUGACUGACUUCAGACUAACACAGCUAACUACCUCUGUCCGCUUCUGGCCAGAAGCUAUUAAGUGUAUUCAUAGACCAGGCAGCCAUGGCUGCAGAAGAUCCCAUAGAAAGCCUCCAAAGAGAAGCAUCUUGUUCCAUCUGUCUGGAUUAUUUCAGUGACCCGGUGUCCAUCGAUUGUGGGCACAACUUCUGCCGAGACUGCAUUACCCGCUGCUCAGGGAAAUCAGAAAGAAAAUUCUCCUGCCCUCAAUGCAGAGGAACUGCCCAGAAGAGAAUGAUCAGGCCCAACAGGGAGCUGGCAAAUGUUGCAGAAAUUGCCAAGCGGCUCAGGUUACAGGGAGGAAAAUCAGCAGGAGUGGAAAUGAUGUGUGAGAAGCACCAGGAGGCUCUGAAACUCUUCUGUCAGGAGGACCAAACCCCCAUCUGUUUGAUCUGCAGGGAGUCCAGGAUUCACCGAUCUCACGCUGUGGCCCCCAUAGAGGAAGCUGCCCAGGAAUACAAGGAACAAAUCCAGAUCCAACUACAGAUUCUGAAGGAAAAGAGACUAAAGCUGUUGGGAUUAAAAGCUACCAGAGAGAUGAAAAGCCAGCAUUAUCUGGAACAGACAAAAACGGUUAGAAGGAAGAUUGCAUCUGAAUUUCAGCGACUGCACCAGUUUCUGCAGCAACAAGAACAGCUCCUGCUGGCCCAGCUAGGAGAGCUGGAGAAGGAGGUGGUGAAGACACAGACUGAAAAUGUCACCAUACUCUCUAAGGAGAUCUCCUAUCUCAGUGAUCUGAUCAGUGAGAUGGAGGGGAAGUACCAGCAGCCAGUGGAUGAAUUCCUGCAGGGCAUCAGAAGCACCUUGAAUAGGUGUGAAAGCAGGGAUUUUGAGAAGCUGAUGGAAACAUUCCCUGAAGUGGAAAAAAAACUCAACAAUUUUUCUCAAAAAAAUAUUGUUCUGAAGUCAGCUCUACAGCAAUUCAAAGACAAUCUGUUGGCUGAACUGAAGGUGGAAUGGGUGAAUGUGAAGCUGGAUCCAGACACAGCAAAUCGCCACCUUGUUCUUUCUGAGGAUCAGAAAAGUGUGAGAUGGGAAGAAACAGAGCAGGAUUUGCCCAACAAUCCGGAGAGAUUUGAUACAUAUUGCUCCAUACUGGGCUGUGAGGGAUUCACAUCAGGAAGACAUUACUGGGAAGUGCAUAUGGGCCCUACAGGAUACUGGGCUGUGGGGGUUGCCAGAGAGUCUGCAUGGAGAAAAGGAUGGAUCAGCCUUGACCCCUGCCAAGGCAUAUGGGCUGUGGGGCUCUGUGGAGAGCAGUACCGGGCUUUCACCUCUGUUGAAACCUCGCUGCCUUUGAAUGGAAGGCCCAAAAUAAUCCGGGUGUCUCUGGACUAUGAAGGGGGACAUGUGGCUUUUUUUGAUGUUCAUGAAGAGGUCCUAAGCUUCACUUUCCCUCCAGCCUCCUUCAAUGGAGAAAGAAUCCUCCCUUUCUUCUGGGUCUGGGAAUCCCAGCUCAUGCUGUGCCCCUGAGAUACGGGUUAUAUCUCAAUGUAGACCAUGAAAUGAAAUCUAGAGAAGUCUCUGACAUCUCCAUUUCCAUGACUGCAGAAGUUAGAGUAUCAAAACAAGGAAGAAGGAAGUGGAGCAAAUGGUAUUGCCUAGUCUGUGUGGCAUUAUCAUCCAUCUGUGGUUUUGAAGAACUAGAGAUGUCUGGGGGAUCAGGAAACUAGUGAUUCUGUGACAUGGUCUCUAGAUUCUCCAGCCUUAGUUGUACAUUCCUCAAAAGCUGAGAUAGGUUUGACAUGGAGUAUUUCACUUGGCCUAAGCUUGAAUCCCAUAAUUAAGCAGCCCCUGGGGCAUAGAUUUUGAUGUUCAAUUUGUAUCAUUAUACUUUGUCCAGCUGCCAAUAGAUACAUUUAUUGGUUGUAGAAGUUUUCAGUAGAGGAAGUUGCAAGUUUUGCCUACUGAGUAGGCACAUUGAGGAUCUUGACCCAUGCGAAGGGAGUAGGGAACAGUUUGAGCUACAUGCAAUACCACAACUUUUCUGCUAAAACAAUCACCAGUCAAAGAACUAGUGAUGCUGACCAUGCAGUUGCCAUAUUUAGAUUUCAGAGUUAAAAUUCACUGAGCUCAGUGAUACGAUCUGUGUUUCUCAGAGCUAGUGUGUGGGUGGAUAAAGCAGAAACAGGAGAGGCAAGCCUACACAUUUGGAGAACAUUUUCUGGAAUUUUACAGUGUUAUUUUUUUAGCAAUUUUUUGUACACUCCAGAAAAAGAUUUAAUUAAAGAAUCUUAUUCACUGUAAA